CGGAGAGGAAGAGGAGGAGUUGGGCUGUACCUGGUGCGCGUCAUUGCCCGCGGUGCCCAUGGCUGGGGCGGCCGAGCCGGCGGGGCUGCGSGCUCAGCGGUGAAAUGUUCCAGCAUUCCCAGCUCAGGAAGCACAGGGAGAUGUAGCCUGACCCGAUAUUCCCAACCUCAGCCAGCAAAAAGGGUGGAAAAACCCUGGGRGAGAAAAAUUGGAGAGAGAGAAAAACCCAGGAGAGAAAAACCCCACCCUCCAUCCGCCACCAGUCCUGAAAAAUGGCACCAGCUACUCCAAGAGAGGCAGGAGUAUGGAGGCAAACCCGAGCUCUUCUGUUCAAGAAUUGUCUGAUUAAGUGUAGGACCAAGAAAAGCAGUGUCCAGGAGGUGCUUUUCCCGCUGUUUUUCCUCUUCUGGCUGAUCCUGAUGAGCAUGAUGCACCCGCACAGGAAAUACGACGCCGUUCCCAACGCCAACCUGGGUCCCCUGGACACGGCGGUGCUGCUCAACUUYGUCAUCGGUUACACCCCACCCUCGAGAGUGGCUCGGGAAAUCAUGAAGAAAGUGGCUUUUGAUAACUUUGAGGAUGGCCUCCUGACCGAGGAGUAUUUGAGUGAGGAGGAGCUGGAGGAGGCCAGCGCUCUCAAACCCUCCAAUUUCGUGGGUGUGGUGUUCAAGGAUUCCAUGUCCUACCAGCUGAGAUUCCAUGACUCCCUCGCCAUGUCCCCCAUUUAUAUGGAMUCCCGAGCCCCCUGCUCCCACCACCGCUCCAGCUGUGAGUCCAUGUCCUACUGGAGCUCGGGGUUCGUGGCRCUCCAAGCCUGCAUCGACGCUGCCAUCAUCCAGCUSAAGACAAAUCAAUCCGUUUGGGAGCAGCUGGAGCUGACCAGAGCCAUGGUUAUGGGAGAGGCUGCUGUGGUGGAAAUUGAUAAUUUCCCUCGUGCAAUCAUUUUGAUUUACCUGGUGAUUGCAUUCUCCCCCUUYGGGUAUUAUUUGGCCAUUCACAUCGUGGCAGAAAAGGAGAGGAAGCUGAAGGAGUUCUUGAAAAUUUUGGGRCUCCACGACACUGCAUUCUGGCUCUCCUGGGUGCUGCUCUACAUCAGCCUGAUCUUUGUCAUGUCCAUCCUGAUGGCAGUGAUCGCCACRGCCUCGUCCCUCUUCCCCCAGAGCAGUGCCUUUGUCAUCUUCCUGCUGUUUUUCCUCUAUGGGGUCUCCUCUGUUUUCUUUGCCCUGAUGCUGACUCCUCUGUUCAAGAAGUCCAAGCACGUGGGGAUUGUGGAGUUCCUGGCCACGCUGGUGUUUGGUUUUGUGGGGGUGAUGCACCUGGAGGAUUACGAGGAUGGGGCCAAAUUUGCAAACAUCAACGAUGGUCCUUACCCCCUGUGCAUCUCCCUGAUCCUGCUGGUGCUGGACAGCAUCUUUUACCUGCUGGUGGCUGUUUACCUGGACCAGGUGAUCCCAGGGGAGUUUGGUCUGCGCCGGACRCCGUUUUUCUUCAUGAAACCCUCAUUUUGGUCAAAACACCGGAAAAACUACCGGGAGCUCUACGAGAGCAGCGUCAACGGCUGCCUGAGCUUCAGUGAGAUCGUGGAGCCCGUGCCCUCCGAGUUCCAGGGCAAGGAGGCCAUCAGGAUCAGCUGCGUGCAGAAAACGUUCAGGAAAAAGGGGGAAACGGUGGAGGCUCUCCGGAAUUUGUCCUUUGACAUCUACGAGGGGCAGAUCACCGCGUUGCUGGGGCACAGCGGGACGGGGAAGACGACGCUGAUGAACAUUCUCUGCGGGCUGUGCCCCCCUUCUGAUGGGUUUGUCUCAGUUUAUGGGCACAAAGUGUCAGAAAUCGAUGAGAUGCUGGAGGUGCGGCAGAUCACGGGCGUGUGCCCCCAGUCCGACAUCCACUUYGACAUUUUAACCGUGGAGGAGAACCUUUCCAUCUUUGCUGCCAUCAAAGGGAUCCCUCAGAACGACCUGAUACAAGAGGUGCAGAAGGUGCUGCUGGAUUUGGAGAUGCAGCCCAUCAGGGACAAUCAAGCCAAAAAAUUAAGUGGGGGGCAGAAGAGGAGACUGUCGGUGGGAGUUGCUGUUCUUGGGAACCCCAAGGUGCUGCUGCUGGAUGAGCCCACAGCAGGGAUGGACCCCUGCUCCCGUCACAUCGUCUGGAACCUUCUGAGGAGCAGGAAAGCCCACGGGGUCACCGUGUUCAGCACCCACUUCAUGGACGAGGCUGACAUCCUGGCUGGUGACAUGCACAUCGAUGCCUACUGCAACACGGAGGCCACCACGUCCCUGAUCAGGCAGCACAUCCCUGAGGCCACUCUGCUCCAGCAGAACCACGAGCAGCUCGUCUACACCCUCCCUCUCAAGGACAUGGAUAAAUUCGCAGGUUUGUUUUCUGACCUGGACACCCAUUCCCACCUGGGGGUCAUCACUUACGGGGUGUCCAUGACCACGCUGGAGGAUGUUUACCUGAAGCUGGAGGUGGAGGCAGAGAUUGACCAAGAUGGGGUGACAAGGAAAAUGUCCUUUUUGAGGUUGUUGCUUUUCCUCAUUUUCCUUGUAGUUCAGAUUUUGUUGUUUUUCAUACACCACAUCAUCAAAAAUUCUGUAGCUGCUAUCAAACUCUCCCCAGAUUUGUACUUGCUGAAGCCUGGAGAGAGCUACCACAAGUACAGGAGUCGCCUCCUGCUGCAGAACUCCACAGAAUCGGAUCUCAGUGACAUUGUGCACUCCCUGGGGAGCAUGAGCAUCCUSCUGGAGAUGUUCAAUGACAGUGAUUAUGUCUCUGUGGCUCCUCACAGCGCUGCUCUCAACGUGUUUGCCCUGGAGUCCAGGCAGAUCAAGGCUUACACCCAGCUGAAGAUUGCAGGGCUCUACCCCUCAGCUUAUUGGACUGGCCAGGCUGUGGUGGACCUUCCUCUGUUCUUCUUCAUCCUCGUGCUGAUGAUYGGCAGCCUCUUUGCCUUCCACUAUGGUGUUUAUUUCUACGUGGGCAAAUUCCUGGCUGUGAUUUUUUGCCUGAUUGGUUACGUCCCCUCCGUGGUGCUCUUCACCUACGUGGUCUCCUUCACCUUCAAAAAAGUGCAGAACACAAAGGAAUUUUGGUCAUUUAUAUUUUCAGUGACAGCCCUGCUCUGCACAGUUGUCACCGAAGUGGCCUUUUUCCUGGAUUUGUACCUGGUCACCAGUGUCCUGCAUUAUCUCUUCUCCAUCUUCAUCCCCAUUUAUCCUCUCAUUGGAUGCCUGAUCUGUUUUAUAAAGGUCAGUGUCCCCAGCCCUCCCAGUGACCAGGGUUAUUUUUUUUCUCUGCUCCAGCCCUACGUGCAGUGUGUGGUGUGGCUGCUCCUCCUGCGCUACUUCGAGCUGAGGAAUGGUGGGAGGACGGUCAGGGAGGAUCCCUUCUUCAGAAAAUGCUUCACCAAAACCAAGACUUGGAAGUUCCCUGAUGUCCCUCACGAGGAAAACGAGGAUGAGGAUGUCAAGGCAGAGAGGCUGCGGGUCAAGGAGAUCCUGAGCAGCCCCAAAAGCGAGGAGAUGCCAGCAAUCCUGGUCAGCAGCCUGCACAAAGAGUUUGAUGAGAGGAAGGAAUUUCUCCUGGGCAGGAAAAUAAAGAAAGUGGCGACAAAGCACGUUUCCCUCUGCGUGAAGAAAGGAGAAAUCCUGGGGUUGUUGGGACCCAAUGGAGCUGGGAAAAGCACGUUAAUUAAUAUGCUCGUCGGGGAGAUCGAGCCAACCAGCGGGCAGGUUCUGAUGGGGGAUUAUUCUUUGGGGCUGAGCAGUGAGGAUGACUCAGUGAAAUUUGUGGGGUAUUGUCCCCAAACAAAUCCUCUCUGGCCAGAGAUCACUCUGCAGGAGCAYUUUGAGAUUUAUGGUGCUAUCAAAGGCAUGAGCCAGUCUGAUGUGAAAGAAGUCAUCAAGGGCAUCGCCAACGCCCUGGAUUUGAAGGACCACCUGCAGAAAACCACCAAGAAGCUGGGAGUGGGGCUGAAACGCAAGCUCUGUUUUGCUCUCAGCAUGUUGGGCAACCCGCGGGUCACGCUGCUGGACGAGCCCUCCACGGGCAUGGACCCCAAAGCCAAGCAGCACAUGUGGCGGGCAAUCCGGGCUGCCUUCAAGAACAAGGAGAGAGCUGCCAUCCUGACCACGCACUACAUGGAGGAGGCUGAUGCUGUGUGUGACCGUGUGGCCAUCCUGGUGUCCGGCCAGCUCAGGUGUAUAGGCACUGUCCAGCACCUCAAGAGCAAAUUUGGCAGAGGAUACUUCCUGGAGAUGAAACUGAGGGAAACAGCAGAUGUGCAGCAGGUGGAGUAUCUGCAGAGCCAGAUCUUGCACAUCUUCCCCAACGCCAGCCGCCAGGAAAGCUUUGCUUCCAUCUUGGCGUAUAAAAUUCCUAAAGAGGACGUGCAGUCGCUGUCACAUUCUUUUUCCAAGCUGGAGGAAGUGAAACAUGCCUUUAACAUSGAGGAGUACAGCUUUUCCCAAGCAACUCUGGAGCAGGUGUUUGUGGAGCUGGCCAAGGAGCAAGAGCAGGAGGACAGCAGCUUUGGCACCCUGAACAGCAGCCUGUGGUGGGACAGGACGCAGGAGGACMGAGUGAUUUUCUGAGCUCCUGGUGCCCGUGUGGGUGCCAGCACCCAUCCCCUCU